CCCGCACGGAGCCAGCCUGAACUGCAGCAGCAGCAACGGGGCUGGGCUCCACAAGCACACCGUCAUCCGAAAACACGCACCAGAAAGGAAGAAAAGGGGAUGGCCUAGCCGUGUUGUAUUGUCAGCAGUUGAUCAGCAGUGAACUACGUGGACCACAGAUUAGCUGACCUACUGCUCUGAGGCAGCAGCAGGUUGCAGAGAUGAGUGUGACCUCGUGGUUCCUGGUGAGCAGUGGGGGUACUCGCCACCGACUCCCCCGGGAAAUGAUCUUUGUCGGCCGGGAUGACUGCGAGCUCAUGCUACAGUCCCGCAGUGUGGAUAAGCAGCACGCAGUCAUUAACUACGAGGUUGGGACAGACGAACACAAAGUCAAGGACCUGGGCAGCCUGAAUGGGACCUUUGUGAAUGAUGUCCGCAUUCAGGAGCAGAUGUACUUCACGCUGAAGUUAGAGGACAAGCUGAGGUUUGGAUAUGAUACCAACCUGUUCACGGUGGUGAGAGGAGAGCUCACAGUGCCCGAAGAGGCUCUAAAACAUGAAAAGUUCACGAGCGGCCUCCAGCUCAGCAAGAAGCCGUCCAACAGUGAAACCACUGCCACCACAACCACAAGCAAGUCCCCCGCUAAGACCCCAAUAAAGACACUGAAGUCCCCCAGUGGCAGCAACCAAAGGCCAGGGGAGAGUAGAGCAACAGGCGGGGUCACUUCCUCCAAAGAGUCACCAGCUAAAUCUGUGGACACUCUCAAGGCAGAGGAGAGGAUAGGAGCGGUGCCUCGUGGGACCCCGCUGUACGGCCAGCCGUCUUGGUGGGGGGAUGGGGAUGCAGAUGAUGAGAACUCCUUCAAGCAGGAGAUCAAGUCAUCCAACAAAAAACAUGACAGCUCCGUUUCAGACAAAGAGGCUCGUCGAGGGGAGAAAGCUAAAGAGGACGUCCUUCAUGCCUCCACCUCCCACGAUUCCAGCUACUUUGAGAUGCCUAUUAAGGAGGGUCACAUGGCCAGUAAUGGCAUACAUGAGAUUCCCACCAAGGACACAGAGGGCACUGCCUCUCAAAACUCUGCAGCUCAAGGACACGCGUCCUUCACCAUCGAGUUUGACGCCACUUCUCCAGGGAAAGUCACCAUGAAAGACCACGUGUCAAAGUUCACACCUGACCACCACAGAUCGCGCUCCAAGAAAAGUGGAGCAGGUAGCGGAGGAUCCGGAGGGAGGGACUUGAGCACACUGCAAGCUGCUAUGAUGGCAUCGGAGAGCAAGGUCGCUGAUUGGCUGGCCCAGAACGACCCCACACUGGUGCGCAGUGAGUCAACGGAGGACGACAGCAAGAGCAUCAAGAGCGAUGUGGCGGUCCAUCUCAAGAGGCUAAAAGGCAGCAAGCAUGAGGAUGGCACCCAGAGUGACUCAGAGAACGGGCUGGGCCUACGUUUUGCCAAUCGCCGCCACGCCCUCGAAGAACGCCUAAAAGCAGCACAUGGCCUUGUGGGAGCAGGAGUGGGGAGCAUCACUGCCAGUGGGUCCAGAACAAGUGGCAGCCGCACUUCCUUCAUGAUCGAGUUCUACGACGAGGAAAACCAUCGCAAGCGCCGAUCAUAUUCGUUUUCCCAGACUGCAUCCCUGCAGGGGCUAGCAGCUGGUGGGGAGGGACUCUGUCCUCAGCCUCCGUCUCACCCCAAGGUGUUCAGCAUUUCCACCUCUGCUACUACAGCCUCGGAGUCAGGUAAGGUCCCAGCUCCGAUCCCGGCGACAGUGACUGCAGGUGCCCCUACGGCUGCCCGUGUCCUUCUCAAGCAGAGGUCAGAGGACCAGAGUAUCGGUCGCAGCUCAGUCAGUACUGGGCUGGCGACAAGCAGCCCCACCGGCCCCAGCGACACCUCGGUCGUGGGGAGAGGGGCGGAAACCGCUGAGGGGGAGGCAGCGGAUGACCACAGCGAUAAAGGGACGUACACUAUCGAACUGGAGAACCAGAACGCAGAGGAGGAGGAGGCCAGGCGCAUGAUAGACAAGGUGUUUGGCGUGCAGCAGAACCAGGACUCCUCUCGUCUGUCAGAUCUGAAGAGAGAAGGAAAAGAGACCGGGGAGGCGGGGAAAGAGGCUCUUACUGGCGACUCGAGUUGGGUCUCUCAGUGGGCCAGUCUAGCUGCCAAUCACACCAGGACCGACCCCGAGGGCUCAGGAGCAGAAACAGCCGCCUUCCUCCACAAAGAGAGAGUAACCGAUGCCUUUGAGUCGGGUGCGUCCCUUAGCAGAGGCGAAUCCUCUUCCAGUCUAACCGACCGUAAGCGCAGGACCCUCCCCCAGCUCCCUGUGGAUGACCCCCGGGCUACGUCCGGCAUCAAAGCUCAUGGACUGAGGUCAGAUAUCGGGGAGAAACAGGACACUGAACCCCAGGAAAAAGAGAACAAGGGAGACGGGGAGUCCCCAACUCCCAUGAGGGACGGUGAGAUGACCAGUAAACGGAAACAAAGCUCCACGUCCUCUCCAUCCAAGGCUCUUCUCCGGUCCUCUGGCACCACUGAGCGGAGGAAGAGGUCAGAGGAGAGGAAAGGAGGCGGAUCAGUAGAAGGAGAGAAGUCAGGGAAGCCUCUAGUGCGCCAGGGCAGCUUCACGAUUGAGAAGCCCAGCGCUAAUGUCCCUGCGGAGCUCAUCCCACGCAUCAACAGAGGCAGCAGUGGGCGCGAACGGAGCGACUCCGUGGGCAGCAUGGAUACUGCGAUGCUCCUGAAGGACACUGAAGCUGUCAUGGCAUUCCUGGAGGCCAAACUAAGAGAUGAAGACAAACUAGACAAGAAAAGCAGUAAAACUGGUGUCCUCUCUCGAUCCGACUCCAUCUCUCCUGAGUCAGACGUUGACAUGGCCAGCACAGCAAGUCAUGUGGCUGGGGAGGCAGAGAGGAAAGCAUCCGCUGGUGGAGAACACAAACGACGUUCCUUCAGCAGCAUGCAUCGGGAGAAGAGCACCAUGAGCACAGCUUCCAAAACCAGCGUCACGAACGCAAGUGCCCGUGAUCGCUUGGAUAGGAAGACUAAAACAAGAACUGUGGAGACGACAAGCCGAACUGAUGCACGCCGCUCAGUUCAGACGCCCUCUGCCUCCUCCAGAGCGCGCCAGCCUUCUGCAGAUCUCACUGAUGACGACCAGACUUCUUCCUUCCCCAUCUCCGACAUCCUCUCCUCAGACCAGGAGACCUACUCUGGACCUUUAGGGCGCUCGGCAUACGGACGUGGCUCAGAUGACUUUCCGCAUUCCAAAUUCGAUAGCAGGUCUGCUAAAACUUCUACCGGUGAAUCCUCCAAAACCAGGAGCACUCUUCAGGCAGCCACAACCUCCUCCAUGAGCAAGCAGGCUUCACUCCCUCAACCACGGCCCACAAGAGCCUCCCUUCUCCGCCGCGCCCGGCUGGGCGAUACUUCUGACACGGAUCUAGCUGAUGCAGACCGAAUGUCUGUGGCUUCUGAGGUGUCCACCACCAGCUCCACCUCGAAGCCGCCAUCCGGUCGAAAGGGAUUGUCACGACUGGACAUGCUGGCUCAGCCGCGUAGGACUCGCCUGGGCUCCAUCUCAGCCCGCAGUGACUCCGAGUGCAUGGUGACGCGGAGCUCCGCCUCUUCGCCCCGUCUGUCAGCUGAGACUGCUCUGCGUCUGGGCCUGCGCUCGUCAACACCAACAGAGAGCAGGCUGACACCCAGAAUGAGGGCCAACAGCGUGUCCACACUGAAUGAGACCAAGACUAAGACCACUACAUCUGGAUACUGCUCCCCCACAGAGAGCUCUCAGCCCGAACCUGAGGGCGGUGAUGCAGAGGAGAAGCCGAUGGUUUCCAGUAGCAGCAGGUGGAGACGUCUGCCGCCCGAGUACGGCUCCACCUCAGAGGAAGAGUUUGGCUCCAACCGGAAUUCUCCGAAGCACGGAGGACGCUCCCACGCCAUGCGUCCUCAUCACAUCGCCCCACACCGCAGCUCAAAACUCGGCAACGGCGUGAGCCCAGGCUCCGCCGUGGUAACGGGUCCAGGUGGAGGCGUGAUCAAGCACCGCAUGAAAGAGCAAGAGGAGUACAUCAAGGACUGGACAGCACACAGCGAGGAGAUAGCCAGGUUAUUCCCCUGUGUGCGCAGGAUCAGCCAGGACCUGGCUAAGGACUUGGCCAUCUUGGCCCGUGAGAUCCACGAUGUGGCUGGCGAGAUCGACUCAGUGAGCUCAUCUGGCACGGCACCCAGCACCACCGUCAGCACCGCCGCCACCACCCCGGGAUCGGCCAUCGACACCCGGGAAGAGGUAGGCCCUGCACGUCCCACGCAGCCGGACAUACAGGCCAGAGUGAGAAAGUUGGUGGAUCGGGUGUUUGACGAGAGCCUUAACUUCAGGAAGAUCCCGCCUGUAAUUUCAACCAAUAAGGUGCCAGAGAUUAACGGCAAGCCAGUGGAGCUCCGCCCCCGUGCCCCUGACAGUCUGGAGCCCCGGACUCUGAGGAGACGCACUUGGAACCGAGAGGAGGCCGUGUUGGACAGCCUGCUGCUCAAUUCAGUUUCUCAGCUGUCCACCAAAAUCAGAUACUCUAUCGACAAAACAGCAGGAAAAAUCAGGAUAUUGUUCAAAGAUAAGGACAGGAACUGGGAUGAAAUUGAGAAUAAACUGCGAUCGGAGAGUGACGUACCACCCCUGAAAACCUCUAACAAGGAGAUCUCCUCCAUUCUGCUCGAACUGAAGAGAGUUGAGAAGCAGCUUCAAGUGAUCAAUGUAAUGGUCGACCCAGAUGGGACUCUGGACGCCCUGGCCAGCCUCGGCCUGACCAGCCCCACCACCCCUACAAAGCCCCUAACCGCCAAAACAACCUCCCUUUCUGCCACCAGCCCUAUCUCCGCUCCUUUAGCCAAAGAAUCCCUGCCGGCGAUCCUUUCUGGACCUGGAGGAUCAGCAGCCUCCGCCAGGGCUCAAGCUUCCUCUGCCAGCACAGAGGAGACUGCGCGAGACCCCGGCGUGAGUUUGGGGUUAACGGGAGUCGGAGGACUGCUGUUCAACCGCAUACGGCCGAGCGGAGAGGAGGCCGUCGCUCAGAAGUGAACAGAUUCCCUGAGAUCAAUGUAAAGUGAAUAAACAGGAGUGUGGAUCGGAGUGCAGGUGGCUGGUGAUCAGCGUUCACAACAACGAAACAUCUGCUGACUGCAUCAGUCUAGGACUAUGGGUAUAAUAUAAACACAAUUUAGCUGAGAUUUUACCCUCAACUGAUGCAUCAUGGAUAUACCCUCAAGAGAAAUUCACCCAUCACUGAUUUGGAUAGAGUCAUAUUGUGAACUUUUCAACUUAAAACGGACUUCCUGAUGGACAGACCUCUGUGGUCGUACCGUCUCCACUCUCCUCUUGCCUUCUCCACGUGUCUGGACCCUACCUACACUAAGGACAUGCCUUAAAACACAUCCCUCAAAUGAUCUACAGAACAACUUUUAAAACUUUAAUACAGUACUUUGAGACAAACAGAAUGCAUUGUAAAAUAACACUUGGAUAAUAAGUUGAAACACAAGACACUGCAGUGAUUUAUAAGCUCUUGUUCAGUACAGAGUAUUUCAGCAGCCUGAGGUAUCCACACAGUCAUACAGACAUGAUUAAUGCCUGAAAGAAUUUCAGAUGUUUUUCAUAACUCUAACCGUCCAUUGAUGCUUCUCUGAAACUGCUCCUCCCCAUCUCUCUGCUCGCCUAUUUCUCUUUCACCCAUUAGGUUUUACUCCUUUCUCUCCCCAGUAGUUUUAAAAAGUGUUUCACACCAGAAGCAUGUCCAGGACCGAGCUAAGAGCUUUUAUUCCUGCAAGUUGGUGUCUGUGUUCUUACUAAUACUGAAUAGUAGUUUUAAACAAUAGUAACAGCCUUUGGGAAACCAAUGAUCAUGUUGAGACAAAAUAUUCACUUACCAAAGUUAACAAAUUCAUUGAUAUUGCCAUUUUUAAACAGUUGAGCCAUUUAUAAAUCCAUCUGUUGUGCAAAAGCCUGGAAAUCUUUACUUAAAAGGCAAGUGUGUCUUAUACGUCUCCUCCUCUGCAUUCCGCCCGUCUCCUCUGAAUGUCAAGACCAUUCAUCAUUCAAAAAGCUAAUUCAUUAUAAUGAAACGCUCGUUUAAUCAUCGCUGCCAUAUCUUUUUUUUCUUCAUGUGACAUAUGGCCUGUGAGAAUCAGGGCCCGCAGCUAUUCGCUACAGUGCAUCCACACGAGUGUCUCACUUUGAUUUCCAAUUGGCAUUUUAAAUACUUUUUUAAAUCAAAGCGAAAGAAAAAAACUUUAAACAAAAUAUUUUGUAAGAUUUGGAUACUGUUAUUGUAGAUAUUGUAGACUUCUUCUACUUGUUAAUGCUUUGAAUCGCCUCAAUAUACACGUCAUUUCUUCGUCACCCGUUUAAGUACACACAAAACCUGAAGAAGCAAAAGCUGCUGCAGGUGGUUUUUAAUUCGCGUCUUGUUGAAGAGAACGUGAGCCGCCAUCAAGGAGGCUUUCUGUGGUUCCAAAUGCAUCAAUGAGGAAGGUCAGUGAGUACACGUGGACACGGCUUUGAAAACAGGUGGCUUCAUAUCCGUGUAUAUAGUUGCAUUGUUCUAUUUCCAUCAAGGACAGAAGUUCCUGCGUACUGAUACCGUCGUAUUGCAGAGACCGUAUCGUUGACCCAUCUCUCAUGCGCUGCUUGUUUCGUUACUUUACGGGGACUAACCACUUUCUGAACCUUUCUUUCUUAGUCUGUGUUCUAGAGUAAGAUGACUUAAAGGCAGUAUAUUAGUACUUAGAUACUAGUGAAUUUAGGUACCAGAAUACAUGUUCAUUUCCUUCUCUUUACUGUACUUGUACAAUGUUUUUUUCAAUGCCUCAAAGUGCCCAUUUUGUCUAUAGAAGGGCAUUCAUUGAAAGAAAAGAAAAAUACACAAUUGACAAAAAGAUUUCUCUUAUUUUGCACAUCAGAUUGUGGUGUUUUUCAUACAGAAGUAGUGAAAGGCUGCAUUAAAUGUCAAAAGGUUGACAGAAUAUCAGAAGUGAUUGCCUUGCCUCUGGAACUAUUCUGUUUGUACAAACGGAGCCUCUAAUCAUCCUUUGUUUUGCUUUUUUAUUUUUAUUCCCCGGUUUAUCAAAAGAAAUUAAAUUAGGGGACUGUGAACGCAAGGUACAUGUUUAUUUUUAAAUUCUACAUGCCAUCUGAUCAGUGUGCUUUGUCAUUUUUGUAAAGAAAAAACAAUUUUAUUUAUUAUUUGUUUAAUAAUUUUAUGGAUGUUUCAUCCAUUUUAUAUUUGUUCAUUUAUAUGCAUUGUUUCUUACUGUUAAUAAAACAGCCAUUCACUUGUU